GCGAGCCUCUACAAAAAGGUCACAAAAUUUAGAAACACGGCCAUCAAUGGUCAAAGCUAGGCACAUCAGCUGCUCACAAACUGAGGUUUAAGAAAGCAUAGGUGGUCUGAGGAAGGAUUGGAAUCCUCAUGACACAACAAUAUGGCUACAGGUGAUUAUAUGAAUUUUAACAGCGAACAAGACGGGCCAUAUUUGGAGACUCGGAGAAGAAGCAGUUAGGCAGCUAGCAUGGAGUUUAAUUGGAAUAACCCUAGCAAACAAGAGGAAAUAGAGAAGCUUAUUCAAGAGCAAAGCAUUCCAUCUUCCAUGGCAUUUGAUUCAAAUUGGUAUAAUCCAGGCAUACAAUUGGACAACAUCUUUCCAGAAUUAGUUUACGCCAACCGCAUAAACCAGGAGACGUUUGCAGACAAAAUAAAUCAAGUGCAAAACUGUCAUACAUGGGGAUGGCUGAAUGAAAACAAACAGGAGAUGUUUGCAGACAAAAUAAAUCAAGUGCAAAACUGUCAUACUUGGGGUUCAACCUAUUUGGAUGGAGGUCAAAAUUUCCACAACUUGAACACACACGGAAACAACCAAUUACAAGAGUCUUAUUUCCAGAAGGGCUUGUUCAACAGGGACAGUGACCCUAACCCUAUUUCAGAUAUGACAAGGUUACAUGUGGAGGCAUUUUCUAACCAAAACAUUCAAGAUAUUUCUCACCAUUCAGGUAGAGGUCAUAAUGUAGAGAGCUUUAGGAAACCUACCUUUCAAUUUCCCCAGUAUACAGAUAGCACUCUACCUUCAGUUACAUGGCCAGAGGUGCAGCCAUUUUCGCACAAAAGUAUCCAAUCUCAACCAUGUCCACAGCCUUCAGGCAGCGGUCUAGAUAUGGAGGACUUUUCCCGGACUUCUUCUACAUGGACAAAGGUGGAGACCUUUUCCAUUAAUGGCAUUCCCUACCAACAUUGUCCAGAUAUCUCUAGUGCAGGUGGUAAUAUGGAAGCUUUGUCCAACAUAACCACUCAAGCUCAAAAAUUCCAAGAUAUCUCACGGUCUUCAGGUGGGGUUCCAGAUAUGGAACCCUGUUCCAACACUACCAUUCCAUUUCAACAAUGCCCACAUAUAGCACAUUCUUCAGGUGGGGUUCCAGAUAUGGAACCCUGUUCCAACAAUACCAUUCCAUUUCAACAAUGCCCACAUAUAGCACAUUCUUCAGGUGAAGCUCCAGAUAUGCAAUUAUUUUUCAACAGUAGAUUUCAGACACAAAGCUCUGUUUCUUCUGGUACAACAAAUUUGGAUCCAAACCAACAAUGCCUUGACAUUGAAAGAAAUGCGAGCAUACGUUCCAAGGAAAACAAUAAACCUGCGAUGGAAUCUUCAAAACCCAAGCAGUCUAGGAUCAGAUGGAGUUUGAAUGAGACCAAUGAUCUUGUCGAGUACAGGACAGAAAUAGAUGAAAUGUUCAAGUGUGGCAAAUGGUCACAAGAACAUCUUUGGGACAAGAUAGCUUCCAAAUUGAAUUCCAAAUACACAUUUCGCCAUAAUGGUUUAAGAGGCAAAGCGUGUUUUAAAAAGUGGAGCAAACUUCUGCAGGAGGUCAAGAGACUGAAGAAGGAAGGGCAAACAAUGGAAGGUUAUAUGAAGGGUGUGGAAUGCUUUGAUGGGAAUUCCAAUCACAACCCAAAUGAGCUAGCAUGGAUUUUGGAGGAGACCUUAAAUCUUGUACUGUGCAGAAAAGAAAUGGAUGCAAAAUUCAAGAUAUUCAAGGACAAUUAUGCAGGUCUCUGGGAAGAAAUUUCUCGCAGAUUGAAAUUCAAUCAAAACUGUGAUAAGACCCCAAGUUCCUGUUCAGAGAAAUGGGAUAGAAUACUUGAGGAAUACAGUGCAAGCAAGAGUAAGGGCGAGCCAAUUCAAGGAUACUUGAGGAUUGUGGAAACCAUUUUGGAAAAAGAUAGGAGUGUCAUUAUAAAUUUUGGGACUGCAAACAGGAAAGUUUUUAUUUAUGAAACAGCAACAACUGAGAGUAUCAAGCAAGCCAUCAAAUGGACAUUUGGAUUAGAAACAUCUUUCUGGUUGGAAGAUGAGGAAGGAAUUGUUCAGCCAGUACACAGUGGUAUGCCUUUGAAUAAAGUCUACAGCAUUUGCCUUUCAAGAAGACCGUGGAAUUAAGAUCUUUAUUCUCAGUCAAUGGUUUAGAUAUGUUUGUUUCACUAAAUGAUGUUUUUCUAUAGUUACUUAUAAAUCUGAGAAUGACUACUUGUUAUAUUCAUCAUAAUUGUCAAACAUUAUAGUUAUCAUGUAUUGUCUAGAACAGUCUGAAUUCAUUCCAGUGAUGUUGAACCUUUGCUAUAUUUUGUUAUAUCACUUCUACAGUGCCAUAGAUAGAUAUACAACUGUAAUCCUAAAGAACUUUUCAUGCUAUAUACAA